GCUACUUGUGGCUGUAUUUAUCUAAUCUUGGAACGAAGUCGAUCGUUUUUAAAAUAUAAACGUAAUUUGCUGGGUGGGGUUACACCUGCCCUUGUGUUCUCUGAAAAGAUGGAUUCUAGUGGGAAACCCUCCACAGCCCAAGUCCUACUAUUAACCACCAGCUCAGCACUGACUGCAGUCUUCUACUCUGUGUACAGGAGGAGGACAACAACAGUAGCAAGAUUAAAGGGAGCCAAGAGAGUGUCUAUUGAUCAGGAUCUGAAGAACAUCCUGACAGCAGCACCAGGAAAAUGUGUUCCGUACGCUGUGAUCGAAGGUGUUGUGAGAUCUGUUAAAGAAACCCUGAACAGCCAGUUUGUGGACAACUGCAAAGGGGUCAUCGAGAGGUUAACUCUAAAGGAGAAGAAGAUGGUGUGGAAUCGCACCACUCAUCUCUGGAACGAGAGUGAAAAGGUCAUCCACCAGCGCACCAACACGGUGCCCUUUGACCUGGCAUCCCACGACAUGGCCAUGGCCGCCACCAUCCGGGUCAUCCGUCCCCUGGACUCCUCGGAGCUAGACCUGGAGACCACUUACGAGAACUUUCACCCCACGGUCCAGUCCCUGACCAAUGUCAUUGGCCACUUCAUCAGCGGGGAGCGCCCUAAAGGUAUCCACGAGACGGAGGAGAUGCUGCGUCUGGGGGAGAGUGUGACCGGGGUCGGGGAGCUGGUGCUGGACAACAACCUGGUGAAGCUCCAGCCUCCCAAGCAGGGCCUGAGGUACUUCCUCAGCCGACUGGACUAUGACUCCCUGGUGGAGAAGCAGCAGAGCAGCGUCAGAGUCUGGAGGGUCCUGACCGCGGUGUUUGGUGUGGUAGCUUCUACGACGCUCCUCUUCAUCCUGUGGAAGCAGUGGGUUUACCACAGACAGAGGAGAAAGGAGAAGAACGUCCUGGAGGAGUUCAAGGAGCAUCAGAGGAAGAGGAUGAGGGAGCUGAAUGUAGAGGAGACCAGUGUUUCCCCUAGUGCCUGUACGGUGUGUCUGAGCCGGGAGCGUUCCUGUGUGUUCCUGGAGUGUGGGCAUGUCUGUGCCUGUGACCAGUGCUACCAGGCUCUUCCAGAGCCAAAGAAGUGCCCUAUCUGCAGGGCACCGAUAGAGAGGGUAGUACCGCUUUAUAACAGCUAAUGGACAAUGCCAUGGCGAUUGUAACUGGACUAAUCUAAUGUUACUGAAAAAAGGAUUGUGUAUUUGUUUGUCUUUUUUUGUGUGACAGGAAAAUGACUGUGUAUCAUUUAAAGUGGUACUUGUAGCUUUAACAUUUCAUUGAAAGAUCAACCUUACUUGUAAUGCUGUGUUGUAAUUAUGCAUAUGUUGAUUUGAGUUCUAUCAGUUGAGGAAAAGAUGUCCUUUUUCCAUAGAGAGUUGUAGAAUCAACUCAGAAGUUGAAUGUCUUCACCUCAAUGUUUCUCCAAAGCACAUCAAAGCCAUUUUGAAUAAAGAAAGAAAA